AUGGAUGGAUUUCUGUGUGAGCUGAGCGAUAAACUCGAAACAAAGCCAAAACUUAGAAAUCAUGAACUCCGCGAAAUGUUCCGCAAUCACGACAAAGAUAUGUCUGGCUUUAUCAGCAAAGACGAUGUUCUUUGUAUGCUUCUUGGAGCAGAUAAGGACGAUCGUAAGGAUCCUGUUUUCAAAACACAUCUAAAAUUCCUAAUCAAUAUAAUCAAAGAAGCAGACAAGGAUGGUGAUAUGAAAAUUAGUAAGAUCAUCGACAGUAAUUUCUUGACCAAAAUUUGA